AUGGGCGCUGCACCGAGCGCGGAUAUACUCCGAGAGGCGCCCUUCCGCCCGGCACGCGGCGACUUCGGUCGUGUCAUUGCGCUGAUUCCCAUGACGGCAGAUUUCUUCCCGUCCGCUGAGUCCCCACUCUUUGGGCAGCUCUACGAGGCUCGCUGCGAUCCCUACGUGCGGUACUACUCGCGCCGGGACACAAACACAGACGUCAGGCUGGACGUGAUUCCGCCUAUUGCCUUUACCAGGGAGGAGUACUACGCAUCAUGCAUGGAUCUCACAAACACGUGUCGGCUCUACGAGACCGCCAAUGAGCUGCGCCAGAGCUACAUGGCAGACCCGUCGCAAGACCACUGCCUGAUUCGCCCCGUUCCCUGUGCGGUGGCCUUUCUCUACAAUGACCGCCGGGACACGCCGGAGGGGUCUGUGGUGCUGGGUGGCGCCUGCGUCACAGUCAUUGGCGGCAUUGGAUGUGAACUGAAGACAUCUGAGGUCGAGACCGAGGCAGCGACGCUGGACCUGAUGAUAUUUCUCCGUAGGUCGGCCGGCGACCACAACAUGGUGCGUGCCAUGCUGUUUGCUUCCUGGCUGUUCCACACGCAGUGCACAGAGACUUGCGGGUUGCCGCGUGUUCCCAUGGCCCCCGUGACCUUCCGCGCACUGAAGACGAACAUUCCAUUUCUAUGCUUUUUACGCGAGAUGCGAAACCGUGUGGAUCUCCUUCAUGCAAACACCGAGGAGCACUCCAUGUGGAUUGAUGGGGCGUUCGUUCGCGGCUCCGUCACAGCUGAUCAUGCGGCAGAGUUGUGCGGGGCGUUUGCGGCGCAGUACCGCCUCCAGCUUGAGGCAAAAACAGGCACAAAGCAGGAUGUCCGACCUCUGCCGCUGGCAGCUCGACCCGUCAGCUCCGCAAGUAGCAGUGUGGAUGUGGGGGAAACAGGCUCCACGACUCUUGGUUUGACCACCGCCCGCUUUCACAAACAGUUCUUCACCCUUGCCGGAUUCAUAGAAAAGGACAACGUCGUUAUCCCCGCCGUGAUGCACAGCUCAAACGAGGUGUACGUUGUGUGCGUGGAUGCCUUGGUGCACGUUGCACAGUGUGAAGAGACUGUGGCCGGCGAUGCCGGUGGGACGGGCGUCUCUGGGGCCUGCUCGUUGAAGGUGCGACGCGGUGACAUCAUUCGGUUUGUGCCGGGGGCCACAGAACAGCCGCAGUGGCCACCACCCUCCAGCGCCAGGGGCAGCUGCAAGGACGUCACAGAUGAACCGGCAGCGGAGGAGCCCACUGCCACCGAAGGCGUCGAGAAGACGGGGUCGUGGCAGGCGACGCACGGUAGCUGGCAGGUGGACGCGAGCAUCCACCUGGAGAACGUCUUGCUUUCCUUCGUGCACGAUGAGUGCAAGAGCGCUCGCGAGGCGCAGGCGACCGACCCGCAUUGGCUACGGGACAAGGAGACUGGUGAGCUUGUUGCGGAUAGUGGCUUCCUCAUCUGGUGCUUCGAGCGCAAAGGCACGAAGUACUUCUACGGCACCGUGCCGAGGUUUGCCAACGCGUUUAGACAUCGACGGGAUACGGCGCGACGUGCUGCCUCCCAUGCGGAGGCGGAUGUGAAAGCUUUGACGGCUGGAGAGGAGGGCGCGAUACAGCGCAGAGGCACCGCCACCACCCCCGUCUCCUCCAGGGUGAGGGCAUCGGGCAAAGGAGCAUCGCAGACCCACGCGACCUGCGACAAGGAGCGGGAUUCGAGUUACAAUAAGGGCGAUGACAAGUUGGCACGCGACACGGCGCAUCUGCCACCGUGGAUGGUCACGAACGACAUGAGCCAAGGUGCCAUGUUUCCGUUCUACCCCACCAUGGCCACGUUUGCCCCCAUGCAGCCGUGCUACCCGGAGUCACCGCCGCUCGUGGUGAUGUCGCAGUCGUUGAAGUACAGCUCCGUGUCAGGGGGGGUAUCAGGCGAGUCAUUGAGAGAGUCGUCGUUGGCGUUCGACGACGGCAAUGUGCGACGCAAUGCGGGCCUGUACGCCGCCCCGGAAGCACCCCCUCCGCCAUGCACGCCGGUUGUGCAGUCGGUGGGCAUGCCGCCCGCACAGCCGCUGCAGUACUUUCCAUACGUGCAGCCUAUGCCGCAGCCGCUGCAGGCGGCGUACUACUGCGUUUAUCCCACGCUGUCCCACCCGGGCGCGCAGCCGCUGCAGCCGAUUUCUUACGUGCCUGCGCAGCUGCCCCUGCAGCCCAAUGGAAACCCGUUCUUCAUUGUGCGACCGUGA